UUUUAAAAAAAUUUAGAUUAUAGAAAUUGGCGAAUAAUUAGUUUCUAAAUUUGGAAAGGAGAUUAAAUUCUUUAAACCGGGACAUUGAACCGAUUUAGUUUACAUUGAACUGUAAUCAAAAAAGUUUUAGGUUCCACUGAGCGGGAAGGAGUGCCUCUUAAGAAUUUCAAACUCAAGAAAGCAAAACCAACCGUUGGUCAAAUACCCCUUUAUAUCCUCAUAAUUACAUAUCUGCCAUUACCCUUUAUUACCUUUCACUUUCCUCUUCUCUUUUCCCCCAAAAUUCAUCUUCGUUUUUUUUCGGUCGCACUGCUUCUCAAGGGUUUCGGACCGCUCAACUUUUCGUAAGUUCAACAGACGUUUCUGGGUUUCUUAAGCGAUGGGUCAGAUCCAGUACUCAGACAAAUAUUUCGAUGAUACUUUCGAGUACAGGCACGUCGUGCUUCCUCCUGAAGUUGCUAAGCUUCUACCGAAGAACCGUAUUCUUUCGGAAAGUGAAUGGCGUGCGAUAGGAGUGCAGCAAAGCCGAGGAUGGGUUCAUUACGCAAUUCAUCGUCCUGAGCCACACAUCAUGCUUUUCAGGAGGACUCUCAACUACCAACAACAGAACCAAGCUCACAACGUGAUCGCUAAGUAGAGUUCAUAAAAGACUUUUCAUAAAAUAUCGGUUUAUGUCUCUCAUAAACACUCUUAUGCAUUCUCCUAGUUUUAUUAUGUUUCAUGAAUUCUCUUUUCAGUAGAGAGGAUUGUGUGAUUUGGUAGAAACCACUUUUAUUUUUAUGUUAUGCAAGUCUGGUUCUUUGCUAGACUUAUGUUUGUUUUCACGUUGAACUUUUGUCUAUGGUUAUAAUACCGUUAUUUCUUUGGCUUCUUGUUCUUUCGAAAAAUAAUGUUGGGGUUUUGUAUUCAUCCAUCGUUGUAUUUAGUUUCGAGAUGUUUCUUGAAAUAGGAC